AUGGGAUCUAUCGGUGACUAUUAUGAGCCCAAGGCUAAUGGGGUCGCGAAUGGGGUUAAACCUUAUGAAAUCGUGGAAGAGCCAAGUCGAUCCAGUCGCAAAAUCCGCAUCAUCGUGAUCGGAGCUGGCGCGAGUGCGUUGAACUUUGCCCAUGACAUCGACACGAGUCCGUUGGAUACUGAACUGGUUCUUUACGAAAAGAACCCGGAGAUUGGUGGUACUUGGUAUGAGAACCGCUACCCCGGAUGUGGAUGCGACAUACCGUCCGUCAACUAUCAGUUCUCAUGGGCUCCCUCUCCAGACUGGACCUCGUUUUACUCUGGCGCACCUGAAAUCUUGAAAUAUUUCAAGGACGUUGCCGACAAGUUCGGGCUUCGGAAAUAUGUUCGCCUGGACCACAAGGUGGUAGGCGCCUUUUGGGAUGAGCAUGAUCAACAGUGGCAUGUGAAAAUUCAGAAGGGAGAUAAUCCUGAAGAUGUCUUUGAGGACAAAGGUCACAUGUUGAUCAACGCAAGUGGUGUGCUGAACAAAUGGAAAUGGCCCGCAAUCAAGGGCCUAGAAACAUUCCAGGGGCCAAGACUUCAUAGUGCACACUGGGAUGACAACGUCCAAUUGGAGGGGAAGCGUGUGGCUGUUAUCGGCUCAGGCUCCUCUGCAGUGCAAAUCGUGCCGACCAUUCAACCUAAGGUGUCAUCCCUCAAAUGCUUCAUUCGCAGUGCCUCGUGGGUGACUGCAGGCUUUGGCCAACGAUUUGCAGGAAAAGGGGGAUCCAAUUUCAAAUAUAGUGAGAAGCAAAAGGAAAUACUGCGAACCGAUUCUCAGAAAUACCUGGCAUAUCGCAAGAAGAUUGAGUCUGAGCUCAACUCACGUUUCCGAUUUAUUCUCAAUGGAUCCGAAGAGCAAGCAAACGCGCGAGCUUACGCAGAGAAAGAUAUGCGAAUCAAGCUCGCUGAUCGUCCAGAAAUCGCAGACUCGAUUGUUCCGAAGGACUUUGCAGUUGGCUGCCGGAGACCUACACCCGGAAAUGGAUACCUCGAGGCACUUUGCAGCGAGAACACCACCGUUGUCAGUCAAUCGAUUCAAGAGAUUACCCCCAAGGGUAUCAAGACUGCGGACGGGGUUGAGCACGAGGUCGAUGUUAUCGUGUGCGCUACUGGUUUUGAUGUCAGCUGGCGGCCAUCGUAUCCCACAAUCGGCCGGGAAUCUCGCAGUUUGAGUGAAGAAUGGAAGGAUAUUCCAAGGACUUACCUUUCCAUCACAGUUCCACACUUCCCCAAUUAUCUCAUUUUCAAUGGUCCCUUUGGCCCAUACGGCCAUGGAAGUUUCCUUCCAAUUACGGAGACUCUAUCGAGACACUUCCUCCAGAUCCUCGAGAAAAUGUCAUCGGAAGGCGUGACAUCCUUUGAACCCAAAACUGAGGCAGUUGCGGAUUUCUUUGAGCACCACCGAAACUUCAUGCCUCGUACCGCGUGGACAUCUCCAUGUCGUUCUUGGUUCAAGCAGGGAACCGUCUAUGGGGAGGUAAUGAUGUGGCCAGGCUCGAGAAUUCAUUUCUUUGAAACUAUGAAACAGCCCCGUUGGGAAGAUUAUAACCUCGGUUAUACAACCUCUAAUCGGUUUGGGUAUCUGGGUAACGGCUUCGCGGCACGUGAGUUCGAUGGAAGUGACCUGUCAUGGUAUCUGGGUACGAUUGAGGGGAAUGAAAAAGCAUAUCUCCCCGACGAGGAUUUUGAGGACUUCAUCGUUCAAUAA